UGCAGAUGUGGAGGUACUGUCGGUGCAAUUCUGACAUGCCCACUGGAAGUUGUGAAAACACGGUUGCAGUCCUCCUCUGUGACUCUCUACAUCUCUGAAGUCCAUCUCAACACUGUGAAUGGUGCUAGUGUCAACCGAGUAACUAGAGUUUCUCCUGGACCUCUCCAUUGUUUGAAGAUGAUCUUGCAAAAUGAAGGUCCUCGUUCUCUGUUCAGAGGGCUGGGUCCUAAUUUAGUAGGUGUUGCUCCUUCCAGAGCAAUAUAUUUUGCUGCUUACUCAAACUGCAAGGAAAAGUUGAACAAUAUUUUUAAUCCAGAUUCUACCCAGGUACACAUGAUUUCAGCUGGUGUGGCAGGUUUUACUGCAAUCACAACAACUAAUCCCAUUUGGCUGGUGAAGACACGAUUACAGCUUGAUGCAAGGAAUCGUGGAGAAAAACGCAUGAGUGCUUUUGAAUGUGUCCGAAAAGUUUAUCGAUCAGAUGGUGUUAAAGGCUUUUACAGAGGAAUGUCAGCAUCUUAUGCAGGCAUAUCUGAGACUGUUAUUCAUUUUGUUAUUUAUGAGAGUAUUAAGAGAAAAUUACUGGAGUAUAAGACUGUUUCUGCCAUGGACAAUGAGGAUGAAUCAGCAAAAGAAGCUUCGGACUUUGUUGGCAUGAUGAUGGCUGCUGCCACUUCCAAAACUUGUGCAACAUCAAUAGCAUAUCCCCAUG